AGGCUGCGCCAGGUGGGGCCCGAAGCCGCCUCCCACGCCAGGCUGUCCCCGCGGCUGCCCGGCCUGCCUUCCUUCCUUCCGCCUGCCCGCCGGCCCGCCCUAGGAGUUAACCAAGCCGCAAUGAAGAGCUUCUUACAGUGAAAGGAAAGUAGGUCUCGCCCACUGAAAAUGCCUUUAAGGGACAAAUACUGUCAGACUGACCACCAUCAUCACGGAUGCUGUGAACCAGUUUAUAUCCUGGAACCUGGAGAUGCUCCUUUGUUACAGCAACCACUACAGACAUCCAAAUCUGGUAUUCAACAAAUAAUUGAGUGCUUUCGAUCAGGAACUAAACAACUUAAGCACAUUUUAUUAAAAGAUGUGGACACUAUUUUUGAAUGUAAAUUAUGCCGCAGUCUCUUCAGAGGAUUACCAAAUUUAAUUACCCAUAAAAAAUUCUACUGCCCACCAAGUCUCCAGAUGGAUGACAACCUUCCUGAUGUAAAUGAUAAACAAAGCCAAGCCAUAAACGAUCUCCUAGAAGCCAUAUAUCCAAGUGUGGACAAGCGAGAAUAUAUUAUUAAGCUAGAACCCAUAGAAACUAAUCAAAAUGCAGUGUUUCAGUAUAUUUCAAGGACUGAUAAUCCUACUGAAGUCACAGAGUCAAGCAGUACUCCUGAACAAACUGAAGUUCAAAUACAGGAAACCAGCACUGAACAGUCUAAAACAGUACCAGUUGCAGAUACGGAGGUGGAAACUGUAGAGCCCCCGCCUGUUGAGAUUGUUGCAGAUGAAGUUGCACCUACAUCUGAUGAGCAACCUCAGGAAUCACAGGCUGACUUGGAAACUUCUGACAAUUCUGAUUUUGGUCACCAGUUGAUAUGCUGUCUUUGUAGGAAAGAAUUCAAUUCCAGACGAGGUGUUCGUCGUCACAUUCGAAAAGUACACAAGAAAAAGAUGGAAGAACUAAAAAAGUACAUUGAAACACGAAAGAAUCCAAAUCAGUCCUCUAAAGGACGCAGUAAGAAUGUUCUAGUUCCAAUAAGUAGGAGCUGUCCAGUAUGUUGUAAAUCAUUUGCUACAAAAGCGAAUGUAAGGAGGCAUUUUGAUGAAGUUCAUAGAGGACUAAGGAGGGAUUCAAUUACUCCUGAUAUAGCAACAAAGCCUGGGCAACCUUUGUUCCUGGAUUCUGUUUCUCCUAAAAAAUCUUUUAAGACUCGAAAACAAAAGUCGUCUUCAAAGGCUGAAUACAAUUUAACUGCAUGCAAAUGCCUCCUUUGCAAGAGGAAAUAUAGUUCACAAAUAAUGCUUAAAAGACAUAUGCAAAUUGUUCACAAGAUAACUCUUUCUGGAACAAACUCUAAAAGAGAGAAAGGCCCUAAUAAUACUGCCAGCAGUUCAGAAAUAAAAGUUAAAGUUGAACCAGCAGAUUCUGUAGAAUCUUCACCCCCUUCCAUCGCCCAUUCUCCACAGAAUGAAUUAAAGGGAACAAAUCAUUCAAAUGAAAAAAAGAACACACCGGCAGCACAGAAAAAUAAAGUUAAACAAGACUCUGAAAGCCCUAAAUCAACUAGUCCGUCUGCUGCAGGUGGCCAGCAAAAAACCAGGAAACCAAAACUUUCCGCUGGCUUUGACUUUAAGCAACUUUACUGUAAACUUUGUAAACGUCAGUUUACUUCCAAACAGAACUUGACUAAACACAUUGAGUUGCACACAGAUGGGAAUAACAUUUAUGUUAAAUUCUACAAGUGUCCUCUUUGCACUUAUGAAACUCGUCGGAAGCGUGAUGUGAUACGACAUAUAACUGUGGUUCAUAAAAAGUCAUCCCGCUACCUUGGGAAAAUAACCGCCAGUUUAGAGAUCAGAGCUAUAAAGAAGCCCAUUGAUUUUGUUCUAAAUAAAGUGGCAAAAAGAGGCCCUUCGAGGGAUGAGGCAAAACAUAGUGAUUCAAAACAUGAUGGCACUUCUAACUCUCCUAGUAAAAAGUAUGAAGUAGCUGACGUUGGUAUUGAAGUAAAAGUCACAAAAAACUUUUCUCUUCACAGAUGCAAUAAAUGUGGAAAGGCAUUUGCCAAAAAGACUUAUCUUGAACAUCAUAAGAAAACUCAUAAGGCAAAUGCUUCCAAUUCACCUGAAGGAAACAAAACCAAAGGCCGAAGUACAAGAUCUAAGGCUCUUGUCUGGGAGAACCUAACGAUGAAACUUUAGACCUUGCCAUUUAGAUUGCCACUAGAGCUCUCCACAGGUGGAGAUUUUUGUGCCCUCAGAACUGACAUGAAGCAGCCUGUUUACCCUGCCCAGGAGAAUGGAUACUGAGGAGUACGGUAUGCAAAAUGAGUUUUAAGAAGUCAGCCCUGCUUGGGAUUGAAAUAAGUGACUUAAUACUGAGAACAUAGGUCUGUAUACCAUUAGAGCUAUCCAUCUUUUGAUUAACUUUUAAAAUCUGCCUUUAAAGGGAAGAAUUCCUGGGAGACUAUCUUUGUCAAGUUUUAAUAGAGUAAAUUUUAUGGAUGGGUUAUGACCCUUAAAAACUGAAGUCAGUAACAGAAAUGCUGACAGACUUGAAUGAGAAGAGGACACCUAUAUUAUAGUCUUAUAAUCUGUAGUUAAAUGAGAAAAGAAACCUUUAAAGUUUUCUGUUCUAAUGCUUUGAAAACAAUUUCUUUUUCUUGUUAUUUGAACUUUAAUAAUAGACAUUAGCAUAAACCUAAUAUCCGUGUCAAAAUAAGACAAGGCACAUUGCUGUAGCAUAGAAUUAUUUUAAAUCAUAAACUUUUAACUAAUACUUAUUUCAGAUCUUCUCUUCUAAAAAAAUUUGUCUUUAAACAUUGAUUUUUUUUUCCUGGCAAGCUUCUAUAUACCCAUUCUCACCUCAGUAAAUCACUAAGUGAUUAUUGAAUAAAGGUAAUUUGUGUAUUUAGGCAUGUGUAGGAUUGUAACAGAAAUGAAGAGUUGAACAGAAUUUUAGAAUAUAUAUUUUCUGCAUUGAGGACUUCAUUUGUUUAAUAACCUUCUUUAUAUUUGUUGAUAAUCUUUAAUGCCCUUGUGCCAACGUUUUAGAAAUUUUGUUUAGAAAUUUCUUACAAGAUUUAUCAUAUUUCAAUAACACAGAUUUUUUUAUCCAAGAGAUAAUGAGUACCUUGAAUUUAUAGUAUGUAUUAUGCCAAAAUUUAAUAAGUAGUUAGAUAUUCUUUUAGCUUUACUAGAUCACUGAGUGAUAGAGGGUGGUUUUUGUUUUGUUUUGACAUUCUUUUUCAUGUAGUAAAAUCCACAGCACUUUAUUACAUCAACUAGACCGAGUUUACUGACUUAAUCAAUGGAAAAGUAAAACUGGCACCUCUUGAUUUCCUGGUUUUGUGUAUCUUGGGUGGAGCUGACUCCUGGGUGUGAAGGUUGUAAUGGGAAAUGAUGCUAGGUACUUGCAAGAAAAUACUGGAAGAUGUUUGUCAAACAUCCUGUAUAAGUAUGAUUUUCUCAUACCUCAGAGCCCUACCCUAUUUAAAGUUACAUCUAGAUGCAUAUUGUUCUUGUACUGGAACCUGUUCAGUCACUUUUGGUGUAAUACUAGCAUGGCAUCUCUCCCGUGUAGUAGUCUGUGAAGGAAAUUUGGCAACCCAGUAUUUGAAAUUAAUUUCUAACAGGUUUUGCAAAGUUGCUAUUUAAAAUCAAACUAUGACUAAAACUAAAGGCAUCAUUCUACCAACACUGACUUCCCUUGCUGACUGUUUUGUCCAUGCUACCACCAUAAUUUUGCGUAUCUUACAGAUUUCAAAAUCCUAGUUCUUUUAUGACUGUGUUCUUGAUAGCUCCAACCCAUGGUGACCUCUUCCUUGAUGAACUCACAAUAUUUACCUUACCAAUAAUUUUUCACACUCAUCCUUUGUGUUGUUAUUGCAUUAUUAUUUAACUAGAGUGUCCCCGUGAUUAGACUCUCAAUGCUUUGGGGCCUGACAGUCUUUCUCCUCAGCAUCAUGAAUAAAUGAAUCGUCGGGUGUAUUCCUAUUCUCUGUUCUCUAGAUGUCAGUUUGGGUUUCUUUCUUUUCAGGGUCCUCUUCCUGUCUUCCUUUGGCCUAAACUACCUAUUGCUUUUGACUUGGCUACUCUGGUUCUGUUAGUAUCUUGUGUUAGUGGAGAUUAUGAAUGAUUUUAGGAGAUCCUGGGGCGAAUUUUAUGGGACUGGGGGGUGAUUUUUCCACCUUUUUUCCUAUCUCAUGAUCCAUUUUUUAAACUCUGCCACAAAAACCAUACUUUUUUACAGUUAUUUUUAAUAGGUAUUCAUUUAUCAAAAUAUAUUCUGGAAUUCUGUAUCUUGGAAGCAAUAGUUUAGAUAUAUAUAAAAAAAGAGGACUAACCGGAAACAAAGGAGAGAAAUACUGUUGAAUUGCCAAACACGAAUUUUAUUUCCAGACUCAUUUGCUUGCUGUGGUACUUCUCCACCCCCCCUUAUAGCCUAAUGGGAACAGAACACAAAGAAGUGUAAAUAAUUAUAAUAUUGCAUUAUAUAAGUAACUGCAAAGUAAGCUCUUAAACUAUUUUUUUUUUUUAGCCACCUGGCAUUUUGUAUAUACCAUCUUUUGAGCCAUAAUUCUAUUGAAUUACAGAUGGGGAUUCUAGAGAUUUAGUAGAACCUCAUUUUAAACUGGAGAAAGUUGAGGUAAGUGAUUGCACCAGGUCACACAUGUAGUAAAUGAAGAAGUCAGGAAUGGAGGCCAGCUAUCUCUUAAAGAUUAUUUUAGAAGGUAAUAAGACAUACAUGUAAAAAAAUAAAACAGUACAAUGAGGUGUUCUGUGAAAGGUAAGUUUUCUUCCUAUCCCAUCUUUCUCUUCCCUCAUUUUCUACCCCAGAGUCAAAUUACUAGUUUCUUGGGUUUUCAAGAGCUAUUCUAUGUGUAGAUAAACAUAGAAAUGUAUACAUUCCCCUUGAUGCAAAUGGUAGCGUGUUUGUAUACACUCUUCUGUACCUUUCUUCUUCCCCACUUUUUUUUUCCACAUGGCAUAUGUCUGAGUUUUGUGGAACCCAGAUAUGCUUAUUCUUUGGUCCAUGAACUUCCAUUUUACUACAUUGUCAUUUAAACAGCCAGUUUUUUAUUCAUGUGAAUGGACAAAGUGUUAAAUUAUUUGUUGUCUCUAGUAUAUAUUGCAUUCCUUAUGUGACCAUAAUGUACUAUGUCACAUUGCUUUCAGAAAGAGAUCAUGGUCAUUGGUUUAUUUUAUAAUAAAGUUGAAGGUUAAAAAAAAAAAGUAAGUGAAAUAUAUAUAAUAGUUAUUGCUAGUAACCUAAAAUAUCUGAUUAGGAUAUUUACUUUCCCAUUUGAGAAAGAAAUGACAGGCAGAGUUUUCAGGAAAAUGAUUUGCCUUUAGACUUGUGUAAAAUCUGUUUGGAAUGUACAAAAAUGUUUAAUUUCUCAGUGCCAGGGAAAAGCAAUGAUGUUAUAAAUAUCAAACCCAAAUCUUUAUUUUCUAAAUUUUUAAUACCUAUUUUUUUAAGAUUUUUAUUUUUAAGUCAUCUGUAUAUACAACAUGGGGCUUGAACUCACAACCCUGAGAUCAGAGUCACAAACUCUACUGACUGAUAUAGCCAGGCUCCCCUAUUUUCUAAAUUUUUAAAUCUCCAACCUCAUAUGCAAAUAACAGACACAAUUUUUCAUUUGUUUCUCAAACCAGAUUGUAACUAUGUGUUUUAAUCUUCUUAAUAUGCCUCAUGAUCAUCUGCAUAAAAAUGUAUCCUUAAUUUUGGUCAUUUUAUUUUGGCAUAUAGAUAUAGAUAUAUAUCUA